AUGGAUGAGGAGGAACUGGCGCUCAUCGACGAAGUGGUCAAAAGCGGCAGUUUUGAGAGGCAGACGUCGUUGACAAAGAGCACCGGUAGCAUAUCCGAAGCCAUUGAGCGGAAACGGACUCAAAGUAAUGUCUCGAAAGUGUCUAAAUUGAGUGCAAACCAAGACGUGUCCAAAACGGAUGAAACGAAAAAACGCAAGAAAAUGUCAAAACUGACUGAAUCUGAAAAAUCCGAAACCGGAUCAGUCAAGUGGAGUGUCUAUUGGGCGUACUUUGUCGCCUAG